AACGGAGAAUGACAUCAGAACCUGCCAGUCAUCCUGCCACACGUCUCAUCCUCACAUGACCUCCGGCUGCACAUAAUGAGAGGCUUCACGAACCAGCUGUGGGUCCCACAUUCCAGCCUCCUUCCAUUCUGUCCCUUCAACGAAGGCUUGACCUCUGUAAAGAGGGCCGCUCGGUGUUGACGAGGCCGGUCCAACCCGAAGGACACCGGGGUUGGGGACCAGCAGCUGUCUCCACGCGGUCACUGGGACGCCUUUGUGUUGGUGUUUCUUUUCAUUUGAAAAAAUAAAUAAAAAAAUGAGCAAAUGUGUGAUUCUGGGACGGAAAUGUUUCCCUCUGCUUCGGUUCUCCACAAUGGGGGAAAUCCUGCCAGGAGAAGAGGGAAGGUGAAGGGUUAAUCUGCGGCCGGGGAAACCUGAUGCUAAUUAAGUCUCAGGAAUGCCACAUACGGACACAGCAUCGCGCAGAGCUCAGAUUGGCGCAGGCAGCCUGAUGGUUUUAUUCCCCUCUGACAGGCUGAAGGUAAUGCACAUCCAGAAGUGCACAUCAAGGCUCUCUCAUGUCAAGUCUGUGCUCGGUUCCCUCUCAAAGGAGAAGAUCUGUGAUGGACUUUGGGGCUGUUUUUUAGCUCACUCAAAGAAGAGUGGAGAUUUUUCCCGAUCAAACGCUUUACUGACCUUUUUUUUUUAGUUAUUUGCCUUUUUAUGCAGGCAAAGUAAAACAGACAACAUCUGCCGCAAGAAAAAAUGUUUUUAGUAACACCGGUGCUGUUGCUGCUGUUGCCCUGGAUCUCACUGCAAGCUGUCGCAGAGGUUUGCCGGGGGACGCACUGCUUCGGCGCGGACACCGGCGAUCCAAGACCGUGCACCGGAGCGCGCUGCCCGGGGAGCAGAACCUCCAGACCGCCGCGGCAGCACGACCCGACGACGCACGGGAGACCGGCGCAGAUCGUGGCCGGCCAGCACCACGCACACCCGGGCUCCCCGGCGGCAGCGGCGGCAGCGGCGGCGGCGCGCGUUCUCCCCGCGGGAUGCGCGGACGCGGAGUGCGCCCCCGCCGUGAAGCGGUCUCAGCCCUCCAACGACACCCGGGACUGCAGAGGGAUCGAGUGCCGACUGCCGCAGAAGAUACGGCCGAGAGUCCGCGCGCGGUCCUGUGCGGGAGACGGCUGCAGCUCGGAGGAGAGCGCCAGCCAGCUUCCCCCCGUCCAUCUGUCCGACAGAGCCGCGCAGUUUCUGGGAGAUUUCCCGGAGCUCGGGUACCCGUCAUCGGAACUUGGCGGCGCGCCUCUGGGUGUCCAGCUCACGUGUGACAUCAAACCAGGCGAGAACGAAGUUCCCUCAGAAGAUGCCCUCAUCUUGCACCUCCAGCUGUCCAAGGGGCAGGAGAAGCUGGUGGAGGCCCUUCGCGCCCAGCAGACGGUCAUCCGCGACCUGCAGCAGAAGCUCGCCGACCAACAGGAGGCGCUGCUGUCGCAGCAGAGGGAGAUCCUGGACCAGCAGCGGCGCAUGUAUGAGCAGAUGGACGUGGUGAAGGCCCAGUACGGCCUGCUCUCGGACACCGUCAAGCAGGUGUCCUUCCAGGGCCUGCAGGGCGAGCUGCAGAGCUACUUCGAGAACCACCUGGCGGGUCUGCAGAGCCAGGCCCGCAGCCACCUGCAGAAGUCCUACGCCGUGCACAAGGUGGACGCGGACGCGAAGGCGAUGGAUGUCGUCGGAGAGGCUCGUUUUCCUCAACCUCUGCAGGCCUGCCCGUCGCCUUGUGGGCGGGAGGAGUUCUGUGAUUUCCAGAGGGACCCGCCUCAGUGUGAGAAGUGCACCAUGUGUCCACCGGGCUUCUUUCUCAUCUCGCAGUGUUCUCCUACAGCAGACCGGAUGUGCCAGGUACAGAACCACACGCGACGCUGAUACAUUCACGCCCUUACUUCAUUCAAGACGCGGUGAGACGGAUAACUGCGAUGUAAAAGUUCAUUUAGUAAUUAAAACUUGACAC